GGUCGUCUUUUAGGUCAAGUUCGCCGUUGGUGGGGUUGAUGACCCCCUCCACGUCAAAGCCAGCCAAGUUGCUGACCUCGCUGUGGAUAAGGUUGAGCUGGGUAGGAAAUAAGGGGCAUGCCGAGGAAGAGCGACAAGGAAGGAGGAAGUAUGUCGACGAAACAAUAACAGCUGCGCUUAACUUCUGAGUACAGUUCUGGUCAGCUGACACAUAACGAGCCAAUCAGAGUGCCGCUCUUGUGUUACCUUGGCAGCUUUAAAGGCAACAGCGCUGUCAGUGAGGCAGUAGACACACAACACCACUGACGCGCACGCAGUUCUCGAAGACAUGAGGGGAGCGCAGACAAACAGCAGGCAGGAGAUCUCAGGAGGGUUGUGGGAUUGUGUGAAGAAAGCAGCAGUUGUCAUCGGAUCUGGAAUCUUGUUCCUGGCUGCGUUUGGGAAUUCCUUGACAUGGCAUCUUCAGAAGUUUUGGGGAGCUUCAGGAGACUUUUGGCAGAACUUGUGGACCAAACUCUACGUGAUGUUCGAGGGCCAGGACCAAGCUUUAUUCUAUAUGGGCACAAUGGUGGUGCCCACGAUCGUGUUCUGGGGCUUCAACGCUCUGUUGCUAUUGGUGGACACCACAGGGAGGCCGUCCUUCAUCACCCGUUACCGCAUCCAAGCUGACAAGAACAAUCCAGUGGACCCAGACAAACUGCGUCAAGCUCUUAAAACUGUGACAUUCAACCAGCUGUUCAUCUCUGCGCCCAUGGUGGUGGUCGCCUACCACCUGACCCGCUGGAGGUCCAACCCAUGUGGCCCUGAGCUCCCCACCUUCCACUGGGCCCUCAUCGAGCUGGCCAUCUUCUCAAUCCUGGAAGAAGUUUUGUUUUACUACUCACAUAGACUUUUCCACCAUCCCAGCCUCUACAAGCACUUCCACAAGCAACACCACGAGUGGACCGCCCCCAUCGGCCUAGUCGCCACUUAUGCUCACCCGCUGGAACAUGUGUUCUCCAAUCUGCUGCCAGUGGUGAUCGGUCCCGUGCUGCUGUGCUCGCACGUGUCCAGCACAUGCAUGUGGUACUGCCUGGCAUUGGUCAGCACUACCAUCUCCCACUGCGGAUACCACCUGCCUUUUCUGCCUUCACCAGAGUUCCAUGAUUUUCAUCAUUUAAGGUUCAACCAAUGUUUUGGCGUGUUCGGCGUGCUAGACCGCCUCCACGGCACCGAUGCAAAAUUCCGAGAGACCAAGCAAUACGAGCGGCACACCUUGCUAACCGGAUUCACCCCGCUCACCGAGAGCAUCCCCGACACUCCAAAAAAGGACCGCUGACCGACCAUCGGGCCACUUCAAGCCGUUUUAACUAUUUUAAAAAAAAAAACCUCUUCAUCAGACAUUUUUGGAACCUGAUUAUUUUGCACUAUGAUUGUUUUUACUGACUGAUAUCUCAAUGUGUAAAUGUAAUAUGCAAUGUUUGUGUUUGUAAUACCAAAUCUCCAAAUAAAAUAUUUUGUCACUAAAUAUUGGGAAAAGAU